GUGUUGUCUUCCUCCUCAUUCAGUGCGACGUUUUAUUAAAGUUGUAAGAUGGCGACGGUGCAUCUGAGAAUCGGGGACCUAGUGUGGGGGAAGCUCGGGCGUUACCCACCAUGGCCAGGAAAGGUAGUAAGCCCUCCAAAGGACCUGAAAAAGCCCAGGGGUAAAAAAUGCCAUUUUGUGAAAUUCUUUGGAACUGAAGACCAUGCCUGGAUUAAAGUAGAACAGCUGAAGCCAUAUCACCCCCACAAAGAGGAGAUGAUCAAAAUAAAUAAAGGAAAGCGCUUCCAGCAGGCGGUUGAUGCAGUGGAAGACUUCCUAAAGAAGGCAAAGGGGAAAGAACAGAACUCAGAGGGUAAAGGAGAUUCAAAGGGAAAGAAGACACCUAACAAGCCACUGAAAAUACUGGAGGAGGAUGAUGAGGAUCUUAGUGCACUGAAGGACCCUUCUGAGAAGGACUUGACUGACUCUGACCCCGAGCCAUCCACUAUUGAGAGGCUGGGGGCUGGACCUGGCUCAGGAUUCAAUUGGGAAAGCAGUCCUGUAAAGGACGACCCACAUUUCCAUCACUUCCUUCUGAGCCAGUCUGAGAAGCCAGCCUCAUCAAUGGAACCCACCAGCAAGCGCCUGAAGAUCAUUGAAGAGGACACAGGGUCAACAUCUAUCCAAGCAGCCGACAGCACAGCCAUCAAUGGCAGCAUCACACCCACAGAUAAAAGGAUAGGGUUCCUGGGUCUGGGGCUGAUGGGCAGUGGUAUAGUUUCCAACCUGCUGAAAAUGGGUCACUUGGUCACCGUGUGGAAUCGCACAGCAGAAAAGUGUGACCUUUUCGUUCAGGAGGGCGCCAGGUUAGGCCGGACUCCUGCAGAGGUGGCUUCCACGUGUGACAUCACCUUUUCCUGCGUCUCUGACCCAAAGGCCGCCCGGGAUUUGGUGCUCGGACCCAGUGGGGUGCUGCAGGGAAUCAGGCCAGGGAAAUGCUAUGUGGAGAUGUCCACUGUUGACCCAGAGACAAUCACAGAACUCUCACAGGUGAUCACGUUGCGGGGCGGCCGUUUCCUGGAGGCUCCAGUGGCAGGAAGCCAGCAGCUCUCCAAUGAUGGGAUGCUGGUGAUUGUGGCAGCUGGUGACAGGACAGUCUAUGAGGACUGCAGCAGCUGCUUCCAGGCCAUGGGCAAGACCUCCUUCUUCCUAGGUGAAGCAGGGAAUGCAGCGAGGAUGAUGCUGAUCCUCAACAUGGUGCAGGGCAGCUUCAUGGCCACCAUUGCAGAGGGGCUUACUCUGGCCCAGGCCACUGGCCAAUCACAGCAGACCUUCCUGGACAUCUUGUGCCAGGGCCAGAUGGCGAGCACCUUUGUGGACCAGAAAUGCCAAAAUAUUUUACAGGGCAACUUUAAACCAGACUACUAUUUGAAACAUAUUCAGAAGGAUCUGAGGCUGGCCAUCUCCAUGGGCGACAUGGCCAACCAUCCGACCCCAAUGGCUGCGGCUGCCAAUGAGGUUUACAAGAGGGCUAAGGCACUGGACCAGUCAGACAAUGAUAUUUCUGCAGUCUACCGAGCCUACAUUCACUAGAGUGGGGUGUGACCUAUCCCCUGGAACAGUCUUUAAUCCCUUCUUAUUUCUCCAUUAUUUGCUGAGUUUUAUUUACAAUUCUAGUUGUUUUAUUUCAUUUAGCCUCAAUGGCCACCAUGUUACUUGCCCACGAGUCAUCGAUUGUAAUUAAUUUUUUAGAGGCAACCUUGAGCAUUGUACUGGGGGAGUUUACUCUGUAAUGGUGUGUUCAGAACAAACACAAAGUGGAUUUUUGCCAAAUGCGAGUUUGGCCCCUGGACUGUUUGUGGAGUGACUGGAGAAGUCAGGGGAGGGUUGUGCUGACUAUGUUUGUAGUAAAGAAAAAUGAUGGCUGUAUUCACAUUAGUAUUUCAGAUUCAACCUUGUCCUCUUCUCUUACUGUUUCUAUAAAGUUCAGAUUUAUAAUAGAACUCACUGUCCACAGGCGACGACAAUAAGUUUGUCCAUUUCUUUUGCUCAAAUUUGCCUCGCUGCUUUGAUUUAGUAUGUAAUUACAGCAUGGGGAAACUAUUUUGAUCUGAACACACCAUGAGAUUGCUCCAAACAAGGUUGUGCUACUGCUGUGGGAGCAGUUUGUCUGGUUUCUGACCAUUUAAAAAAGGAAAGGGGUAGAAGUAACGCAGGGUGUUUGGAGAGGUGGUCGGGGCAUUGCUACUGUGAAGAGCAGCGUGUCAGACUGUGUCCAGAGAAAAUGCUGUCAGGUAUAGUGGAUAAGGAAACCUUAAAGAUUUUUUUUUGUUAAUGUGCACAUGAAGAGUUUAUUUAAUUGAGUGUAAUAUUUGCUUUUCUUUUUAAUCGUCCAGAAAUCCAUGAGAGAAAAACACCAAGAACAUGCCACUGCAUUGCCUUAAUAUUGUAACCCCUCAAGUCUUUCAAUGAUAGAUGUAUUUAUUUGUGCUUUUUUCCAGGUCUUCUUGGUGCAGUAUCUUCAUGGCUUGUUUCUGUGUUUGAUCACAUGAUAUAUGCUUUUACGUUGGUGUUAUUGAUUACUCUUUCUUGAAGCGGUAAAGGACAGCAACAGAUGGGUGGAGACCUUAAAAUGCAGUAAUAAUUGAAAUGACUCAAGACUUGAGGUUCCCACAUUAGAACCCCUUCAUUGUUUUGCUUGGAAGAGUUCUCAGUUCUAAAGUUUUUUUUCUUUACUUUUUAAUAUAUUAACCUGUAAUGAGAUGAAUCCAUUUCUUGAGUUGCAUUUUAACUGAAGUUCAUGAUUGAAGCCCAAGUGUCAUGUUAUGUUUCUGCUAAGUUAUAAGUAUAAAUGGCUAAAUUCUGAAGGCCAAGAUUAGAGCAUCAAGGGGCAAAAAUCUCAGAUUAAAAGACAAACUAAUGAAACAGUUUGAUGUGGUUCAGUGGUGGGAUUGUUUCAUUAGUCUUAAAGACUGGCACUGGAAUAAAUAAAACAUCCUCAGUUCACUUGGGACUUUUUAUUGAUUAACUGUUUUAUGACUCUAGCACACGAACAACACUUUAACUUAACUGUUCCAUUUCCAUAUUGUUACUUUUAUCACUUAUUUCUUACAUCGCCCUCCAAAACAUUUCAGGUAAAGUACGGAGAGGGGCAGUUGCUGAUCACAUGACAGAGAGGGUCCACCUUGGACACAGUAGAGGUCCUCUCAAGUCCACUGGGUUCUUAACAAGACCUGAUUCAGUUCUGGAACCUGAUAGAUACAUCAGCAGUAUUAUCAGCUGAUAAAGGCUCAUUACAGAUUGAUUAGAUCAACCCAUGUCAGUAAAGAAAUACUAAAGCUGUGUUAGAGGUCACUUUUACUGACUACGUGAUCCUAGUACUAAUAUAUUCAAAAUACGAUAAAGGGCUUAUCUCAACACAAAUUUACUGAAUUCUUAUUUAAGAAAUCUGUUUCAUGUUCAGAAGCCAAUAGGAGCAGAUCUAUUUUAUGAACUGAAAUGUUCAUGUUGAGAUCUGAACUCUAAACACAGAUACCAACGUAUUCUACUUGACUUUUUUUUAGUUUGAUCAGGUUGGAGCAUGUUCUGUUCUUAAAGCUCUCGGCUCUCUGUCAGUAUGUGUCACAUCCCAGUAGAUCCAAACGGCGCACAUUUUUACUUUAAAAAUGUAAUUUACGUUCAAGUUUUCUGUGGUGGCCUGUUUUGGAAAGGAUUUUAAAUCCUGGACCUGUGAAGACCUCUAGGGUGAAGCAUGAAUCAUGCCCGAUAUCAGUCUGCAGAUGCAAAUGACCUUGUCCAACAUAUGCAAAGAAACAUGUUGUGCAUGCUCAGCCAGAGGUGUUCUAUCCCUGCAGGAAAUAGUUCAGUAACUCCAGGUAUGUGUUAGAAUACUGCAGAGUGAGUUUGGAGUGUUAUGCCUUGUUCCUUGUUUUGUUUAUCUCAUCAAUUUGUCCAACUGUACUUCAGAUCUAAUUUGCCCUGUGUGGUGUCAGGGAGUAGAUACAGGAAUGGGUCUUUCACUCUAUACAACUUCAAAUCUGUCUAAUACAAAUAAAAAGAAGCGGAAUGCCCAUCAGUGUUCGACCCAACUGUCAAUGUUGGGUUUGUCACCGAGUGAUUCUAAACAGGAGCUACCUGUAGCCCUGUUGCUCUUCCAAUGACAUAAAGACAGUGAAGUGUGAAGCGUUUGCCCAAUAAGAGGACCUAAGCUGUAACUGCCCCCCACAGAAUAAAAAGUGUUUUAUUCCUUUACUCUUAACAAGUUGAAACUGUAAAUAAUUUUCUUAUAGUUCCUUUCAGCAGAAUCAUUGUUUUGUUUUACUUUAAUCCAGAAACCUGUUUUGCCAAACGAGUGAUAUUUAAGGUUUUUCAUUUAGGCUCAGUGUAAAGAAGUGUUUUAGAAGACGGAUGUACAUAGCAUUAGAUUAAGUAGGGGUUCUUUUAUAUCUACAAUAACUGGGAUUAAUGAAAGCAAAUUCUUUUUGGUUUGGACUCUUCAGAGUGACUUAUAUCUUUCUGGCUUAAUACUAUGGAUUGUUAAAGUUGAAUUGGUUUAUUCAUAUGUGGCUUUAUUAAUCUGGCUCAUUAUUGCAAUGAAAUGACAAUUACUUGAAUCCUGUUGAAGAAAGGAGGGUGUAACUUUGGUUCUGGGGAAAUGUUUGAUUUUGUGUACAUGUGGAGAUAUCAAGACUUUUGUGCUGUUUAAUAAAUUCUCUCCUGAUUACUGA